AAGAUGCAGCCCACUGCCACGAUGGCCACCACAGCCACCACCACUGACACAGUUGCCCUGACGUCGUGGGACAAUUCCACCAUCCAUCCCACGGCCGAGCCAGAUCCCAUCCUGGACAACUAUGUGUUGUUGGUCGUGGUGAUGUCGCUGUUCAUCGGAGGCACGUUGGUGGUGCUGUCUGGCAUCUUGCUCCUGUGCAAAAGAUGCUGGGAGGUCCACCAGCGCUUCAGGGCCAUGGAGGAAGCAGAAAAGACCACCACCACCUACCUGGACAGUGGCACACAACCUGCCCAAGACCCUGAGUUCAGGGGCGAGGACCCUGAGGGCCAAGAUGUGGAGACGGAGCGCUUCUUGUCUACCAGUUCCACGGGCCGCCGGGUGUCCUUCAAUGAGGCUGCACUGUUUGAGCAGAGCCGGAAAGCUCAGGACAAGGGCCGAAGGUACACCCUGACGGAGGGAGACUUCCACCACCUGAAGAACUCCCGCCUCACCCAUCUGCAUCUGCCACCCCUCAAGAUUGUCACCAUCCAUGAAUGUGACUUGGGUGAGGCCAGCUCAGCUGCCACGCCCCACCCAGCCACCACCCCUAAGGAUAGCCUGGCCAUCUUCCAGCCCCUGGGGAAGGCCCUUACUGGCCGAUCUGUGGGCCCCAGCUCCGCCCUGCCAGGUGACCCCUACAAUCCAGCUGCUGGUGCCACUGACUUCGCAGAGAUCAGCCCCUUGGCCUCCAGUGACUCCUGUGAAAGUGCUUCACUGGAUGCAGGAGCCAGGAGUGCCAAGGCUGGUGGGCCUGGGACCUCAGUAGGUCCUGGGGAAGUGGGGGCAGGCUCUGGGGCGGGCACCGUCCUGCAGUUCCUCACCCGCCUGCGUCGCCAUGCCAGCCUGGAUGGGGCCAGCCCCUACUUCAAGGUCAAGAAAUGGAAGCUGGAGCCCAGCCAGAGGGCAUCCAGUCUGGACACAAGAGGUUCCCCCAAACGCCACCACUUCCAGCGGCAGCGGGCAGCCAGUGAGAGCAUGGACCAGGAUGAGGGGGACACCCCUCAUGCAGACUUCAUCCAGUACAUCACCCGUGCAGGCGACGCUGUGGCCUUCCCACCCCCCCGCCCCUUUCUGGCCAGCCCCACCAGCCCGCCCCCCGCUCUCGGCAGGCUAGAGGCGGCCGAGGCGGCGGGAGGAGUGAGUCCCGAGUCCCCGCCGGAGAGCGGCGCCGUCGCAGGGCCCGAGCAGCCGGAGCUGGAUGCCGAGCAGGCACAGGCCAGCUACCGCGACCUGUGGAGCCUACGCGCCUCACUCGAGUUGCAUGCAGCCACGGCCUCAGACCACAGCAGCAGUGGCAACGACCGUGACUCUGUGCGCAGCGGUGACAGCUCGGGCUCAGGGGGCGCGGCGCCCGCCUUCCCGCCACCCUCACCACCUGCGCCCCCACGACCCAAGGACGGCGAGGCUCGCCGACUGCUGCAGAUGGACAGCGGCUAUGCCAGCAUCGAAGGCGGCCGCGGUGCUGGUGACGACCUUGUGGUCAUCGAGCCGACGCCACCUUUGGCCACACCGGCACCCCCACCACGCAGUCCCCGUGCCUGGUCUCGGCGGCCACGUCGGGAUUACAGCAUAGACGAGAAGACGGAUGCACUUUUCCAUGAGUUCCUGCGACAUGACCCACACUUUGAUGACACACCAGCUGCGGUGCGUCACCGCGCACGCGCUCACCCACACGCGCAUGCGCGCAAGCAAUGGCAGCGAGGAAGGCAGCACAGCGACCCUGGUGGUGCACGCGCGGCCCCAUCCACUGGAACUGUCGUCUUGGCCGCUGGUGCGCCUCGGCCUGCGCGUGCACCCUUGCGCCGUGGCGACAGUGUCGACUGUCCGCCCGAGGGCCGUGCACUAGCCAGCACGGGGGACGACCCAGCCAUCCCUGUAAUCGAGGAAGAGCCUGGUGGUGGAGGUGGUGGAGGUGGUGGUGGGGGCUGCCCUGGCUCAGGCCUUUGUGUGGAGCCCUCGGGGGCGCUGCUGGACAAGCUGGCAGUAGGCCUCGAGGAAAGACUCUUCCCACACCUGGCCGAGCCUGUUCCCACAGCCCCCACACUGGUAGUUGCUGCUGCUGCCCCUACAUCCCCCGACCACAGCCCGGCCUAAGUCCUGUGACCCGAGCCCAAUUCUGGGAGGCUUCUUCAGCACCGUGUGGGGUCUCGGCAGCGAUGGCAGUGAGACAGACCUGGGGACACAAUGCUCUGUCGUGUAUGCACCUGGAUCACAGUGGCUCAUCGCGAGUGUGCAGCCUGGAUGCUUUGGCUGCCCCAGGUGCGAGCACUCGCAGCUCCAUGCGUCUCUUGAGGCGUGCAUGUGCACGGUCCAGCAGCCGCAGUCACAGUCCCACGUGCACACGCCACAGCCCCUUGUUGACCUCCUGCCUUCCAUGUGUGCACACAUAUUGCCCUUUCUUGGGUAUGCUGUGGGCAGUCAUCAUGGUAUCCAGAGAUGCGUGUUCCAAGACCCUGGCUCAGCUAGAGAAAGGAAUUGCCCUUUGGGCCCUUGAGGACAACAGUCAAUGCCCAUGGCCUCAGACAACAGCAUGCAGAACUUGUGCACAAAGCCAAGUUUCUGGCUGGGGAAGCGCAGUGAUCAGGCCUGCACCGUGGCCUCAGGGUAGGGCAUCUCAAGGGAUGUGAAUAGGUACUAUCCUGAAGCUUGAGGCAUCAGGAGCAUGUGCUUGGGAAGGGGAGCACAUUGCCUGCCAGGUGUCUGUGUGAUCCCCACCAAGGUAGGAACCGCAGGGGGCUAAGGAUCAAGGAGUUCUCCAACCCAGGACCCAGGAGGUUGGCUGGAGGACGUGGUUGCCAAUCCCUCCAAGCCGUUUACCUCACCGCGGCAUGUGCUCGCGGCAGUCCGCGCCUCUUUCCACUCCGAGCAAUAACUGCGUUUGCCGCCGCCAACGCUGCCGCUGAGGCCACCAGCUCUCCUGCCGCCGCCACUGCCUCCCCAUAUGCGCUGUCCUGUCCAUCCCAUCCUGCAUGCCAUUGGCCACCCGUGCUGCCCUGUCCAGAGGAGCCACUGGGGACUUGGUGUUGGAAGUGUGGAUAGAACACAGCCCAGGCGGCAUGAUUUCAAGUCUCCCGAGCUUUAUUUAUUGCCAAAAGAUGGGGCCACUGGCCCUGCCCUUGCUGCUGCCCGCCCAGUCUGUCCCACCCCAAGAUGGCGUUUUCGUGUUGUUUUUGUUUCCUGAUUAUAAAUAUUUACUGCACACUUGUCUGCUCCUGGUCUUCUCUGAGGACCCAAGACCGUUGUGGGGUCUUCGUGUUUCGCACUAUCCGCUGCUUACCCUGGUAACACAAAGCUCAGAUGGGGCCCUGCCUGUGAGGACCAUGUGCUCCCAUCUAACUCCCAAUGGUUCUCAAACACCCUCACAGCCAGAGAUCAAAUCCACCUGUUUUAUUUUAAAAAAAAGAAGAAAGAAAAUCAAACAACAAAAA